AAAAUGUACACAAAGUUUUAGUUUUAGAUGUAAACUCUGCCAUGUUAGUUUGUUAUUGAAUUUUUUUAGGAUACAAUUAAUUAUAAAUUCAUAUAUGAAGUUGUCAGCAGAAUGUGCUGGAUGUAUGACAAACAAUCAUGUUUAAAACCGAGUUUCAGGGUGGACCAUAUGUGGAUGUCUACUCAAUUCAAGGAAAGGAUCCUCUUUCAAAAAUCAAAAUAGCUGGCCCACAAAAUGCCAUAAGAAAAGAAUUUGACAACGACUUGCGUACAUUUACUUUACUAAUUGAAGGAGAACCAAGCAGGUCAAAAAUAACUAUACCUAAAAAUAGCAAAGUUUCCUUGCACCUGACUCAACAAUACCUAGUGUUCCAACUUUAUAUUUACCCUUCCCGAUCGUUCUCUUUGGAAGUUUCAGUUACCAAUGAAGCAAACUUAAAACAAAGGAUUAUUCUAUCGAACAGCAAUCGAGAAAUUGUGGUGACUGCUCUCCAUGCAAAAAUGCCUUGUUCAGUGAUCAAGCAGAAUUCGUGGCUAAAUCUGUGUUUAGAUUUACACGAUUUGAUAUCUGGAUGUUUUGAAGGUAGUAAAAUGGUUACCAUCGAUAAUAUUAUAGUAUCGGCCAACUGCAGGCUAAAGAGAAUGUUCACGUUAAAAACGAAACCGUUUAAUAACAAUGACAUUCCAUCCAAAUUCCAAUCAGAUGACAGCACUCUGUUGCAGACAAUAGACAUGAAUACGUUCUUUGCAGCUGGCAUUAACAUUCGCUGCAGCACUGGUAAUAUGUCAAAUCGCACGGCACCGAUAAUAAACCGAUCAAAUAACGAUAACUCUCAUAUUGCGUUUGGUUCUCGUGUACGCCACGACUCAUCACCGGGGAGUAAGGGCUUGGAUUUAUCUACAAACUCGACUAAACUAAAUUCGUCUCGCACCGAUGAAAAAAUCUCGUUGCGUACGAGAAGGGACUCCUCAUCUAGUGCAACAAAUAAACAAAUCGACGCUGAUAAAAAAGAGACCUCGAUCCAAAGGAGUACUGAAAACGAUAGUCAACGAAUUGAAGGAAAAACCUUUCUUCAACCCAGGCCUCCGAAACAAGCAGCAGGUAAAGUUCGAAAACCCAGAAUAAAAAGUGCAGAUUAUUCAAGAAAGACGACAGAAUCAGAACAGUUAGGGAAGCAGCCAUUAUCUAAAAGUGCGGAUACUCGAAGAAGAAGGAUUGUUUCAGAUAAUUGUAGUGAACGAUUAAAUGGGCGGAGAAGUUCUCUUGUAUCUGACGUUCUGCCGGAAGUUAAACUUCAAAAAAGGUUGUCGCACUCCGCCGUUACUCUAGAGCAUACAGAAAAACUUAUCAGCGAAAGUAGAGAAAAUCAUUUUAAAAGCUUAUCCUUGAAUGCUUUACCUCAAAUCCAACGCAAUAAAAGGUAUGAGAACACUGACGAUCAAGACGACGACGAGCUUUUUGACGAUAAACGAAAAGUCGAAACGCCGUUGCAUCAGUUAGGUGACGACGACAUGGUUGAAGAUUAUUUACGUCGUCGUACAACAAGUGCUUCUUCACUUUCGCGCAGCAGUAGCUGUGCAAACAGUACGAAUAGUGACUUAUUUUCCUACUCUUCUCGACCUCGUUCAGUUACCGGUCAAAGAAGCCGUCGUGUUAGUGAAACCGAAAUGGAAAAAAUAAAUGAAAAACAGUGCGCAGGACUUUGUAAAACCGAAAUAACGAAAAACGAACAUCCAAAAUUUUCUCGCGUCAGUAGUGCGUCGGUAGAAAAUGGACGUUCAGAAGCGAAUGCCGUCAUUAAUGGAUUUUCAGCGAAAACGGAACCUAUCAAAGAUGAAGCUGUGCAUGCUAGGACUGGUAUCGAGUUUGAUAACCAAACAAACGAUGCUACCUUUGUGGUUGCGUCAUCUCCUGUGCCACUUGAUCAGAAGGGCGAGUCUUUUACGGAUUCCCUAGAUGGUACUGCCGAAUUUUCUAGUCCCCUUGUGUCCGUUUCCAAAGUUCCAAUUUCACCUCGAUGCUCGUCUCCACAAAACGAAUUGACAGUUAAUAACGUGAAAAAUUUCAAUGAAGAUUUUAAUACUAACAACUUGCAGCUUUUAAAUUCUUACAAAAUGAGAGAGUCGUGCGAUUCAGAUUCCAUGUCUUGGUUACAUGCGUCUGAUGAUCAAUCCACGUAUGUAUCUGAGAAAAAUAUGGUGAAUCGAACGCUGGAUAACCUUAAACAGUCGCCCAAGCUAGCUCUCACACAGCAUUUAGAAGAAAGAUUAGGCUCUUUGAUUGUACAAAGUGAAGAUUUUGAAACCGAUGACGGAUUUUCAGAUUGUAGUGACGAAACCUCCAUACAACCACCGCCGACUAAGUUUCGUAAUUAUCGGUAUCAAGACGAAAUCAAAAGUAUAGGGACAACAUUGGAUUUGUCUGCAACGAUACCUGAAACACCCCAAGUUGGCGAUCAAGCAAGAAUUAACAGUAAUCGCGAUGAAAACAACAACCAACCAGGAACGCAAAUAAUGAAACUGCAUGCAUCGCGCGAUGAAGAAUUAUUGGACCUGUUAUUCGAUCCAGUCUUAAAUUGCUAUUACGAUCCAGUAACACAUAAAUAUUACGAAUUGUCUUGAUGUUGAAAUUCUGUGUUUGUUACGUUUGAGAAUGUUGAUACGGUAUGUUUUGUACUUCUGUCAAACACCAGCUGUGAGAGGCUUGUUUGAUAUUUGAUUUUUUUGCAGGUAAAGUCAAUUAUUUAUCUCGUAUACCAUGCCUAAAUCACGAUAUCGAUAAGGGAAUUAAUUUUCGCGAAAUUUUCCAAAUUUCAUUUUUAAGUUAGUAAGUCCAAAUUUUCAUUUUUUUUUAAUUAAAGCCGUUUUUUACGGAUUUUUGAUGCUGGAGAUAGAAUAGAUUUAAAAUUCAACUAUUUAUUAUAGUUCUCUAAAUCGGAAGAAAAAAGUUAGUUCUAAUCGUUUGUUAAAAAAAACUAAUCCGAAUAUUGCGACAACUAAUUUUUGCGAAUUUCCCAGUAAUUUUCGUUAAAAAACUCGUGAAAUUCGCAAAAAUUAAUUUCCGCGAAAUUUUAUUCCCUUAAGGUAGUACAAAAGCAUGUGUUUUUUCUGUGAUUAUUGUAAAAGCGUGCGGUAAAACCGAAGCAGAUUUAUGAAUCAUGUUCACAUGACACAGAUUGUGAAGGGAAUAAAUUGUAGUGUAGUAUAUAUAAUUUUUAUUUGCUGUUAUGAGGCGUAUGAAAUUUUAAUCAAUUACUUACUGCGCCAUAUUGGUGCUUCUUGUAAAAAGUUCCGUCUUCACAGCCUCUUUCGUCGUAAAAAGUUCCGCCUUCACAGCCUCUUUCGUCGUAAAAAUUUCGUAUUCACAGCCUCGUUCGUCGUAAAACGUUCCGUCUUCACAGCCUCUUUUGUCGUCAAAAAAAUUCCGUAUUCACAGCCUCGUUCGUCGUAAAACGUUCCGUCGUCACAGCCUCGUUCGUCGUAAAAA